AUGCAGACCAGCCAGGCAUCGACAUGCGCUGUGCGCACUGCCCGAGCCGCCGUCAAACCCCAUGUCCAACGCCGAAACCUCCAGGACAUAGCUAUUACACGGACUGGAAAGCCGAUCAUUCGAGUUCAAGGCGGACGGUCCGCGCUUGGAGGAAACACUGCAACAGUUUUCGGGGCGACAGGCUUUCUGGGCCGGUAUGUCGUGAACAGGUUGGCGAGAAAAGGAUGUCAGGUUGUCAUUCCCUACCGUGAAGAGAUGGGAAAGAGGCAUUUGAAGGUCACGGGAGAUCUCGGUCGAGUCACAUUCAUCGAGUACGAUUUGAGGAAUACCCAAUCGAUCGAGGAGAGCGUACGGCACUCAGACAUGGUUUUCAACUUGGCUGGAAAGCACUAUCCAACCAAGAACUUCAGCUUGUACGAUGUGAACGUGGAAGGUACCGAGAGGAUAGCGGAGGCAGUCGCGAAAUACGACGUCGAUCGAUUCAUUCAGGUCUCAUCAUACAACGCAGACGUCAACUCGACAUCAGAAUUCUUCAGGACUAAGGGCGAGGCCGAGAAGGUGGCAAGGACGCUCUUCCCUGAGACGACGAUCGUACGUCCGGCACCGUGCUUCGGAUUCGAGGACCGUCUGCUGCACAGACUGGCUGGUACCACGAAUGUCUUCACAGUCAAUCAUAUGCAAGAACGAUUCUCGCCUCUUCAUGCAAUUGAUUUCGGUGCUGCUCUGGAGAAGAUUGCCUUCGACGAUACCACAGCCGGUGAGACAUACGAGUUGUUCGGACCAACAGAAUACAGCAUGGCCGAAAUUGCAGCUCUGGUCGACAAGGAAAUCCUAAAGGAGCGCAGACACAUCAACCUGCCAAAGCGGAUAUUGAAGCCAUUCCCAUCACAGCAGAUCAGCUGGAGCAAGAAUCGCUAG